GCCGCUGUGAGAUGGCAUCAUUCUGCGCGGCGGCGGCGGCGGAGCGCGGCGCGGAGGGGUGAGGAGCCGCCGCGGCGGCGAGGAAGCGAAGAAGAAGCAGAGAAAGGUGGAAGGAAGGAGAAGGAGGCGGCAGCAGCUGUGAGGCUGCGAGCACGGCUGAAGCCUAAACCUCUGACAUGGCCACAGCCUCACCAAGAUCUGAUACAAGUCACAACUGUAAUGGAAGAUUACAGAUGCAAGUAACAGUUUCUAGUGCCAAACUGAAACGGAAAAAGAAUUGGUUUGGAACAACUUUCUACACGGAAUUAACCGCAGAUGGAGAAAUUAAGAAAACAGCAAAAUCAAGUAGUUCUUCAAAUCCCAAAUGGGAUGAGCAGCUGACAGUGCAUGUGACUCCACAGACUACGCUGGAAUUUAGAGUGUGGAGCCAUCACACUUUAAAAGCAGAUGCUUUAUUAGGAAGAGCCACUGUAGACUUGAGACAAGCUUUGGAAGUACACAAUAGAAAAUUGGAGAAGGUGAAAGAACAGUUGAAACUCUCUUUGGAAAACAAGAGUGGCAUGGUGCAAACAGGUGAACUGACUGUUGUGCUAGAUGGUUUGGUUGUUGAACAAGAAUCUCUUACAAAUCUCAGUUCAUCAGCAACCAUAGAAGUUCAGCAAAAUGGCGAGGCUGUACAUGAAAACAGAGAUGCUUCAGCAAGAAGUUCAUCCAGAUCUGCUUGUGACAUUUCUAAUGGGAUAGACAAUCAAGUACCUUCCAGCUCUGCAAUACAGAAUACGUUCAGUGUGGAAGCUGUUAAUGGAGACAGCACACCAUCUCCUAAUCAUGUUGCAGCCAGACCCAAAAAUACACCAGUACCAAAACCACUUGAAGCUCAGCCUGUCGACAGCACUGUUAAUGGUGAGUCAUCUGCCUCUGCACCUGAAGCUGGCAAUUCUUCUAUCUCCGAGGCUCCGACGGGUUCAGAUGAAGCUCCUGUGUCUUCAGCAGAUUGCACUAAUGAUACAGCAGAACCUCAGUCAGCAACAGAAGCAACUAGUUGUUCUGAAAGCCACACUUCUGCAUUACCUGUUGUGUCUGCUGGAGUAGAACCUGCAGCUGCCCCAGAGUGUGCUCAGCCUAGUGCUCGGAGCAGCGCAGCAGCAGAUGCGGCAAAGCCGAGGGAAUCCUCCUCCACGCCAAGUGCGUCUGCAGAACCUGUGAGACAGCAGCCUGGUAGUGCCAGUACAGAACCUCUGCCACCCGGGUGGGAGCAAAGAAAGGAUCCUCAUGGUAGAACCUAUUACGUUGAUCACAACACACGAACUACAACAUGGGAAAGACCACAGCCCUUACCUCCUGGCUGGGAAAGGAGAGUUGAUGAUCGUGGGAGAGUUUACUAUGUGGACCACAACACCAGAACGACAACGUGGCAGCGACCAACAAUGGAGUCAGUGAGGAACUUUGAGCAAUGGCAAUCGCAACGGAAUCAACUGCAGGGAGCUAUGCAACAAUUCAACCAACGAUACCUCUAUUCGGCUUCGAUGUUGUCAGCAGAAAAUGAUCCACUUGGGCCUUUACCACCAGGCUGGGAAAGAAGAGUGGAUUCAAAUGAUAGGGUGUAUUUUGUAAAUCAUAACACAAAGACAACACAGUGGGAGGACCCUCGAACUCAAGGUUUACAAAAUGAGGACCCUCUUCCAGAGGGCUGGGAAAUCAGAUAUACCAGAGAAGGUGUCAGAUACUUUGUUGAUCACAAUACGAGAACCACCACCUUCAAUGAUCCUCGUACUGGGAAAUCUUCUGUAAAUAAAGGGCCACAGAUUGCUUAUGAGCGUAGCUUUAGGUGGAAACUUGCUCAUUUCCGUUACUUGUGUCAGUCCAAUGCACUGCCAAGUCAUGUGAAAAUCAAUGUAUCCAGACAGACUUUGUUUGAGGAUUCCUUCCAGCAAAUUAUGGCAUUAAAGCCCUAUGAUUUGAGGAGAAGAUUAUAUGUUAUAUUUAGAGGAGAAGAAGGAUUGGAUUACGGUGGCUUGGCAAGAGAAUGGUUUUUCUUGCUUUCCCAUGAAGUACUGAACCCUAUGUACUGCCUAUUUGAAUAUGCUGGCAAGAGCAACUAUUGCCUGCAGAUAAAUCCAGCAUCAACAAUCAAUCCUGACCAUCUUUCAUAUUUCUGUUUCAUUGGGCGCUUUAUUGCCAUGGCAUUGUUUCAUGGGAAAUUUAUUGACACUGGUUUUUCUCUGCCUUUCUACAAACGAAUGCUGAGCAAAAAGCUUACUAUUAAAGACCUGGAAUCUAUUGAUACUGAAUUUUACAACUCCCUAAUAUGGAUAAGGGAUAAUAACAUUGAGGAGUGUAACUUGGAAAUGUACUUCUGUGUGGAUAUGGAGCUCUUAGGGAAAGUAACCUCACAUGAGCUGAAAUCAGGAGGUUCAAAUAUCUUGGUAACUGAGGAGAACAAAGAAGAAUAUAUUGGGCUAAUGGCAGAGUGGCGAUUUUCUCGGGGAGUUAGAGAACAAACCAAAGCUUUUCUUGAUGGUUUUAAUGAAGUAGUUCCUCUACAAUGGCUACAUUAUUUUGAUGAAAAAGAACUGGAGGUUAUGCUCUGUGGUAUGCAAGAAGUAGAUUUAGCAGACUGGCAGAGGAACACUGUUUAUCGUCAUUACACGAGGAAUAGCAAGCAGAUCAUAUGGUUCUGGCAGUUUGUAAAAGAAACAGACAACGAGGUUCGCAUGCGACUUCUGCAGUUUGUCACUGGCACUUGCAGAUUACCACUGGGUGGAUUUGCUGAACUUAUGGGAAGUAAUGGUCCUCAGAAAUUCUGCAUUGAAAAAGUUGGUAAGGAAACCUGGUUACCAAGAAGUCACACUUGUUUUAAUCGUUUGGAUUUGCCACCAUAUAAAAGCUAUGAACAACUAAAAGAGAAGUUGCUCUUUGCCAUUGAAGAAACGGAGGGAUUUGGACAAGAGUAGAAGUGACUUCUAGUCAAAAAGGAUAUCUUGAAUAAUAAAAGGCCCAGCCAACUAAAAUUGCACACCUUAUUGUAUAUAAGCUUUUUGUUCUGUACAGUGAUCUUUCUGGAACUCUAAAAGUUUAAUUGUUCUCUGUUCUUCCACAAAUAUAUGCAAAACAGUUCAGCCUUUUCUACUUUUAUUUAUUGCCCUUUCAAAAGACCAGAAAAACCCCUCCAUAAAUUUUGAAAGCAGACAAGAGACUUAUUUAAAAUAUAUAUAUAUAAAAAUAUAACUAUAUAUACUAAUGGGCUCUAGUUUUAUAGAGCUUUAAGUGUAUGAAAAGUUGCAGCCAUUUAAAAGGGCCUGGAUUUGCUUUAUCUUGGCUUUAUCAUUCAGAAAAAUGUUUAAACUGCUCAGUGUUCUCUAAAGAAACAUCUCCAAGUUUGUUUUACUGCAUGGCUGUUCUAAAAGGUGUUAAAGGCUUAGGCCAAAUGUAUCCUCAAUAUGUAGAAAGAUGCUGCUGGUAUUUGAGACGACAGAAUCUGUUCUUCUGUCAGUUUAAUUUUUUAAAUACAUAAAUAGCUGAUAUAUCCCUCUCUACUGAUGUAGCCAAGGUCAUGAAUAAAGCCUUUACUACUUGCACAAGAGUCAUGUACAAUGAGAUGAAUGUGAUUUAAUGUUGAAAGGAAUUGGUGCCACUGUUCUGACUUACUGCAGGAGCUGAACAGAGUAUUUUAACUCAUUUGAGCAGCAUUGAAAUUUGUUUACAUAGUACCUUGGGUUAUUACCACGAGGAUGUUAGGUAAUCUUCAAAGAAAAAAUAAUAAAAGAGAAAAUACUACCCAUUCUCUUCUUGGUCUGGUGUCUCGCAGGCUUUUUUUUUUUAAAUUUGGUUUUGUUUUGUUUGGUUUCCCUUUUCAAUCUGUGAUGUCCUUUUUAUAACUUUGUAGAGUUAUGUUAAUGUAAACUGAGCUAUAAGGGUAUAGAAAAGGAAAUGUGAAUUUUGCUGCUUCGGUGUUCUUGUUCAGUUUCAGAUACUGGAUUUAGUAAACUCAAAUAAAAUGCAAGUUACUUAAGCUUUGCACAGAUAAAAAUAUUAUUUAGUAUUAAAUACUCUCAUUUCUCUAAAAUUCUUAACUGAAAUUUAGAUGUAUUUGAAUAAAGUACAUCUAAAACCUGUCAUCCUUUUAUGUAGAUCAAGUUUGUCCUAAGUGCACAAUAAUAUAAAAACAUUUUAAAAUUAGUUUUAUUGGCAUUUUAUUGGCAUAUAUUUGCUGAACUGCAAAGACAUGUUUAAAAAAAUACUAAAAUUUAACACCUUAUUCAUGUGAAUUAUAUUAAAUGCUACUUUUAGCAAACUGUGCUUCCUUAUUAUAGAGUAAAAAUGUGUUUUAAAUCACCAUUUGUAAUAAGCUUUAAAUAUUACCUGUAAAUUCCAUUACAUUUAAAUGACACAGAAUUUUGUACACACAUGAUUUUAGAAUAUGAUUCAACACACUUGUGUUAACAUAUCAUAUUGCACUGUUAAAAGUGUACAUGCAGAAAAAACCAGCUAUAUCUGUUCAUGUAUCUUUCCAAUGCAGCAGCUGAAUUCUGCCAAAAGUUUAUUUUUCUACACAUUGGAUUGUCUCAAGGCUUUGUAUUCAAUAUGCACAGCUUACCCUGGAGCUGUAGCUGUGCAGAGCUCUGGUCACAGCAGUGGUGCAGCGGGCCCAGACAGACUGCUGUCUUACAUUAACUUUUCUGUAAGAGCUUCAGACAUUUCCACCAGUUUGAGGGUUUUUCAUACACCACCAAAUAUCUUUUGCAAAACCAUUUUUAUAUAGCACUAAAUUCAUUUGAAGUGCAAAUCCACGUAAAUUAUCACUUAUGCUGGUCAGAAUGGAGGAAGUUUAAGAAAACAAACCAAGAAGGUCAAAGGCCAGGCACCAGAGUGUGUGUGUCACUUGCCUAAAAGACAAGGAGGGCUAAAUGUCACAGUUAAUGAAUUUGCACUAAUGAAUGACUUGGUGACCCACUACCAACUGCUGAAUUUUGUGAAUCUGUGAACGAAAUAAAAAAGACAGCACACCACAAGAAUGUAGUUGUUUUAUUGUUUUGGUAACUUCAGCUGUCUCAUACCUGCAGUGGUUUUUCCUGGGGGUAAGGAUUAGUAAUCAUAAAAAACCAAAUCCAGUAGCUUUCUGUCCCUAUGUAUGACCUGUGAAUUGGUGUCAAGGGCCUGACUGAAAGAAUGACUGGAGAAAAAGAAAGCAAAAUAAUAUACCUGUGUGCAUGUGUGUACAGUACUGGCAUUUUCAGGGAAUUUCAGAUAGACUGUGAUGUAUUUUUUUCUUUUCCCACUUGAAUUCCCCAUAUUUCACCUAUACUUGGGGAGAGUGAGUAAGACAGCAAAAAGAGGGAAGGCAGCAAUGGUUGGAGAUCAGACCAGGGAAGUAAUACGACUUGAAGGAGCUGUUGUGUAGUUUAUGGGUUUUGUUGUUUCCUUUCUUUCUGCAACCGAGCUGCUUUUCACUACACACUUCACAGCUAUUACUUUGGAUAUUCUUCCUUUGUGCAGCAGUAGAAAAGGCACCUAAAUAAAGAUGCCUCUGCCACAAAGCUACUGGAAGCAACUAUGCAGAUGUUUUGGUAGAAUAUGAAUGCAGAAAAUUCUCUCUCAAACACUCUAUCACCCACCCUGAGACACUGUAACAUAGAGGACUUCAUUAUGAUGCUCUACUAAUAGAAAAAUAAUAGUUACUUUAUGGUAGUUGGGAAAACCCUGUUUUAACUGUAGUUUUGUGGCAUCAGGCCCCAGAUUCUCUCUCAAUCAUGAAAUUUUACUACUGACUUAGCUUGGUUUGUUAGUCUAAGCAAUUUAUGCUGUUCUUCAUCUUACUCCUGGAAUUACAAUACCCUUUCCUAGUAUAGCAAAUACUAGGUAUUUUCUAGUAAUUUUAUUUUUAGGCUGUUCUAUUGAGAAUACCACAUGUUUGGUAUUUCUUCAUUCUUUGGUCCACUUUUUCUCUUGGGUAAUUGGAAUAUAUUGUUUGGCUGGACACCUAAUUUAGAUGACUUCAUAUUUCUGGUGAAA